CACCAGCAGCAGCAGCAGCACCAGCACCAGCAGCAACAGCACCACCAGCAGCACCAGCAGCAACAGCACCACCAGCACCAGCAGCACCAGCACCAGCAGCAGCAGCAG